AUGGGCAAGACCACGCUGGCGCAGCUCCUGUUCCAGCACGAAGCCGUGACGAAGAGCUUCGAUCUAACGGCAUGGGUCGAGCGGCUCCAGCCGGCCGGCGCCUACGACGAGGUCGCGCUCAGCAAGCAGAUCCUGCUCUCGCUGGGCGUCGAGGUGCCCACCGGCGCCACCAGCUUCGACUGGCUCCAGUGCAAGAUCACCGAAACCGUCUCCUCCCACAGGUUCCUGCUGGUCCUCGACGACGUCUGGAACAAGGAGAAGAUGCCGGAGUUCACCUACAGGGAGAUGUGGAGGAAGGUGCUGGCGCCACUCAGAUCCGGCGAGCUCGGCAGCAAGAUCGUCGUCACCACCCGGAAGAAGAUCGUGGCCGAUCUGCUGGACGCCACCAAGCUCAUCUCACUGGACGGCUUGCAAUUCGAUCACAUCUGGACGCUGUUCAAGAAGUUCGCUUUUCACAAGGACGACCCGGAGAAGCACCCGGCGCUUCUGGCGAUCGGGGAGGACAUCGCCAAGAAGCUGAAGGGGCUGCCAUUGGCGGCCAAGGUGGUCGCCCAGAUGCUCAAGGACAGCCGCAGCGUCGGCUACUGGAAGAAGGUCCUGAACAUGCAGGUGUACGACGACGUCAACAAGACGCUGGCGCUGUGCUACCACAACCUGCCGGAGCACCUCCAGCCAUGCUUCGCCAUCUGCAGCAUCUUCCCGAAAGACUGGAGCUUUAAGCCCAAGAGGCUGGUCAAGAUUUGGAUGGCGCUCGGUUUCAUCCACAGGGAAGAGGGGAACGGAUUGGAGGAGGAGGAGGAUGUAGGGAGGGACUACUUCGACCAGCUCGUGGCAAGGUCCUUCUUCCACGCGCACAAGGAACGCCGGCGGCGGAGCUGCUACUACAUCCAUGACCUGAUGCAUGAUUUGGCCGAAAACGUCUCCCGCCAUGACUGCGCAAGAGUUGAGGGUGACGACAAGGCGACGGAUGUCCCCAGAACGGUUAGGCACUUGUCAGUGACAAGUGAUGCCGUGGCGCAGCUCAGGGGGCUCCAUGAUCUGAGAAGGCUACGGACAUUGAUAGUUCUCGAGCAGUCUUCGUCUUCCCUGGGUCAGUUACCAGAUGAUCUCCUCAAGGAAUUGAAGGGCCUUCGCGUGCUUGAUUUGUAUGGCUGUGACAUGGCUGAUCUGUCUGACAGAAUUGGCCAGCUGAUACAUCUGAGGUACCUGGCUCUUUGCAAGACGAUAACCAAGUUCCCACAGGCUGUGACAAGGCUGUUUCAUCUCCAGACUCUGAAAGUUCCCAAGAAGCGCCACUUUGACAAGUUUCCGAAAGAAAUGAAGAACUUGAGACAUCUCCGGCAUUUGGAUAUGGAUAGUGCAAGCACAUCGCAAGUUCCUGGUAUUGCACAGCUUGUUAAUCUUCAGGGAUCCAUUGAGUUCCACGUUAAAAGGGAGAAGGGCAACAGCUUAGAGUCCUUGAAUGAUAUGAACAAUCUUCGCGGGAAGCUCCAUAUCAAGAACCUUGAUGUUGUGGAGAGCAAACAAGAGGCCUGCAAAGCUGGGCUGAACAAGAAGCAGAGCAUCAAGGUGCUUGAAUUGGAGUGGAAUUCCACUGGCAGGAGUGUCCCUUCUGUCGAUGCUGAGGUCUUAGAAGGCCUGGAGCCACAUCCUCAGGUUGAAGAGGUUCAUAUCAGAAGAUACCAUGGUUACACUUCACCAUGUUGGUUGGACAUGAACAUCCGGAAUGGCAGUAAAUUUUAUCUAAAAUCUUUACGUUUGACCAACUGUCGAAAGUGGGAGGUCCUGCCUCCUCUUGGUCAGCUUCCCUGCCUAAAAGUUUUGCAUCUGAAAGAGAUGUGCUCACUGAAACGAAUUGGAGGUGAGUUUUAUGGAACCAAUUCGACUGCAUUCGAAUGUCUGGAAGACCUUGAGUUUGACGAUAUGCCAAAAUGGGUUGAGUGGACCAAAGAAGAAGAGAAGCACAGCAUGGUUUUCCCUAGACUCCGUAAGCUGAAGCUUUUGAACUGUCCCAGUCUGAUUAAAGUGCCUUCUUUCCCACUGUCCGUGAGGAAGGUCACAGUCGAAAAUACAGGUUUUGUCUCACACCUGAAACUGUCUUCAUCAUCAUCAUCAAAAGCUAGCCGAUUUAAACUGGAAACAUGUUCUGCUUCCAUCUUUACCGAUGGUUUGUUCCACCAGCAACAAGUGCAAGAAAUUGUUGAUUUGACCCUCAGGCACUGCCAAGAUGUGAGGUUCGAAGAGCUUCAUGCACUUGCUUCAGUCAAGAGGCUGCAAAUAUCUCAUUUAGAUAUUACUGAUGAGCAGCUGGGUACUUGUUUACAAGGUUUACAAUCGCUGACCUUACUAGAUAUAGUCAACUGCAGCAAAAUAACCACUCUUCCACAGAUUGAGAGCCCAGGAAACUUGACGAAAUUUCAUGAGCUAAACAUUCGGCAAUGCCCCGAAUUGUCUUCUCUGCAUUCUUUACCUGGUUUUGCCACAUUGGAAACGGUAUUGAUCGAAAAUUGUUCCAGGGUCACUGCAGAAUCUUUCCCUGCCAACUUCAACAGCCUCGUCUCUCUGAGGAAACUGAGCAUAAUGAACUGCACUGGAUUGGAGUCCUUGCCAAGCAGCUUCCCAUCUUCACUGCAAGUUGUUCAUCUGAUUGGGUGCAAGCCAACGUUGUUAACCCGACUGCAAAACAAGGAUGGACCAGAAUGGGAUAAAAUAGCCUCUAUCCCAAUAAAACUGAUUCACUGAGCCAGGUGUGCUUGAUACCAUUAUCAUGCACAUGCCACUGUACUUGUAGGUUAUAGUCAAUAGUAUGUAUCUGUGUUUCAU